CGCCAUUCAUUCAAGUGCAGUUCCGCCAUUAAAAUGGUUGAAUAAAAAAAAUCUUUUGAUGAUUAUCUCCUCCUGAAAGUUCUCUACUUGGCUGCAAAUGCAAUGAAUUCGUUAGCGUUUUCCGUUGGGCGCUACCACACUCCCGGGAAAACUAAGCUCAGCACAACGACAGCCGUCAAGAAUGCCCGAACAACCGAAGCACCAACUGUCAAGUUCCCAACUCGUCACCAAGUAGAAGGCUCCUCCCAGUCCCAACAACUGCAGCUUAAUCAGGACCAGAUUUUGGUCCGCCGGAGGGAAGCGAUAGGCGUCGGAUUCGCGGCGCUCAUCGGCGCUGUGUUUCAAGGGCGGCCCACAGCAGAAGCGGCGGAGACAGCUUCAUGUCAAUUCACUUCGGUACGGUCGGGCCUCGCCUUCUGUGACAAGGUCGUCGGGACUGGCCCGGAGGCGGUGAAGGGGCAAUUGAUUAAGGCGCAUUACGUUGGGAAAUUGGAAAAUGGGCAGGUCUUCGACAGCAGCUACAAUCGCGGCAAGCCCCUCAGUUUCCGCGUCGGAGUUGGUGAGGUGAUCCAAGGCUGGGACCAAGGGAUUCUUGGGGGUGAUGGAGUACCUCCUAUGCAAGCUGGGGGAAAACGCAUAUUGAAACUUCCACCAGAACUUGGGUAUGGCGUUAGAGGGGCUGGCUGCAGAGGAGGUUCAUGUGUAAUUCCUCCGAAUUCGGUUCUUCUGUUUGAUGUGGAAUUCAUCGGGAAGGCUUAAUCCUCUGGUAAAGGUGCUUCUACUGCUAGAGCAAGGAAUGGCGGGAGCUCUGCAUUAUCGUGGAAGACGACAGAUGGAGCUAUGGAGGCUUCAUCCAAUCACCCCAUCCAUUUGGUUUCCUGUUAUUUGGCCUUGUUUGUGUCUUUGUGAUUAUCUUUGUAGACGGAUGAAAUAUGACCAAUGAUCCUUUAGCAACGAGUUUAAUUCGUUGUAAUAUUGUUGUCAAAAAUAAUUGGUUAAAUACACUUGUAUAUCCAAAACUUUUACGGUUGUGCCAAUAAUAUCCAAAUUUCCCG